AUGAUGGAUCAGCCCCGCAGUCUGCGAAGAAAGAAGAAUCUCCCGGACCUACAAUAUUCAUCUACCGUUGGAAGACUAUUUGAGAGUACAACCUCUGCUACAUCUGCUGCCCCUAUCGCUUCGGUCACAUCAAACUCAGUGGUUCAUUUCACAAGCGCUCCGACGGCUUCGCCCACGAAAACAAAGUCCGAAAUGCCAUCUUUGGCGCCGACCUUGGUUCCUGGUCGGACGGAAGACCCUACAGCCGAUCCAACAAACAGUCCAACCAUCUUUCCAUCAACUUCUCCUUCUACCCCUCCAACCACGGUACAAUCCAUGAAUUCGGCGCUAUCGGAAGAGGAAACAGCAAAGCAGUCGAAAAUCAUUUUUCUUUCAACAUUCCUUGGAGUUUAUGUGCUGCUUGGUGGUGGAAUGGCAAUUCGUUGGCUCUGGCGUUGA